CUAUUGCGGAACUAAUGUGCAGAAACAAGGUUUACACGGAGCCAUUUUACAUCCGUGCCGUUUGCUAGCUAGCCUCUUCUAGCAGUAGCUCCCCUGCCGCUGUGUGUUUGAUGAGGUGUGGAGGAAAGAGGAGAUGUGGUCCUUUUUUGCCAGGGAUCCUGUCAAAGACUUUGCUUAUGAAAUUUUGCCAGACACCCAAGAAAAGUCUGGAAUAUGGAGUCUACAUCGGGGGAAGCGAAAGACCAACGGAGAGCCAGUGUCGGUGUUUGUGUACGAGGUAGCGCAGGGAACAGAGCAGCAAACCCAGCUAGCCAAGGCUGCCUUCAAGCGCAUGAAGACCCUGCGUCACCCUAACAUCCUGGCUUAUGUCGAUGGAUUGGAGACAGAGAAGAGCCUGUACCUGGUUACUGAGCAGGUGACGCCCCUGGCAGUCCACCUGAAGGCCCAGGCAGAGAAGGGUGGAGCUGGGGACCUGGAGGUCUCCUGGGGACUGCACCAGAUAGUGAAAGCUCUGAGUUUCCUGGUCAAUGACUGCCAUCUGCUCCAUAACAACUUGGGUGUAUGGUCUGUUUUUGUGGAUCGAGCUGGGGAGUGGAAGCUCGGGGGCCUCGACCAUGUGGUCCCUGAGCAGGGUGACCCAAGCGGGGUCUCGCUCCCUGCCCCCAAAGCUGUUUACCCAGACAUGGAGAAAUAUGACCCACCAGAGAUGCCCAAUAGCAGUGGAGAGAAAUGGGCAGGGGAGGUGUGGCGGCUAGGCUGCCUGAUCUGGGAGGUGUUCAAUGGGCCACUACCUCGCACGUCCUCCCUCCGUUCCCUGGGAAAGGUCCCCAAGGCCCUGGUCCCUCAUUACUGUGAGUUGGUGGGGGCUAACCCCCGAGCUCGGCCCAACCCAGCCCGCUUUCUCCAGAACUGUAGAGCCCCAGGGGGGUUCCUCAGCAACAGCUUUGUGGAGAGCAACCUUUUCCUGGAGGAGAUACAGAUCAAGGAGCCAGCUGAGAAGCAGCAGUUCUUCCAGGAUCUGAGUGACAAUCUGGACUCUUUCCCUGAAGAUUUCUGUAAACACAAGGUCCUGCCUCAGCUGCUCACCGCCUUUGAGUUUGGCAAUGCAGGCGCUGUCGUCCUCACACCGCUCUUCAAGGUGGGGAAGUUCCUGUCAGCAGAAGAGUACCAACAGAAGAUCAUCCCUGUUAUCGUGAAGAUGUUUUCAUCCACAGACAGAGCCAUGAGGAUACGACUACUGCAGCAGAUGGAGCAAUUCAUUCAGUAUCUGAACGAGGCAGCAGUCAAUUCCCAGAUUUUCCCUCACGUUGUUCACGGCUUCACGGACACCAACCCUGCCAUCAGAGAACAGACUGUGAAGUCUAUGUUGCUGCUGGCUCCCAAGCUGAAUGAGACCAACCUGAACCAGGAGCUGAUGCGUCACUUUGCCCGGCUGCAGGCCAAAGACGAACAAGGCCCAAUCCGGUGCAACACCACCGUCUGCCUGGGCAAGAUCGCCUCCUACCUCAACGCCGGGACUCGACAACGUGUUCUGAUUUCUGCCUUCUCACGAGCCACUAAAGACCCCUUCCCAGCUUCACGCUCCGCUGGAGUGCUGGGCUUUGCUGCCACACACAACUACUACAGCGUAACAGAGAUCGCAGCCCGCAUCCUGCCCACCCUCUGUGUCAUUACUGUUGACCCUGAUAAGAGUGUCAGGGACCAGGCAUUCAAAGCCAUCAAGAGUUUCCUUUCCAAGCUGGAGACUGUGUCAGAAGACCCCACCAAGCUGGCUGAUAUAGAAAAGGACGUAGCAUCGUGUGCUCAGCCUGCAGGUGCCUCUUCCAGCUGGGCCGGCUGGGCCGUGACUGGAGUGUCCUCGCUAACGUCAAAGCUGAUCCGCAAUGCUCCAGGGACAGAGGGGGGUGCAGCAGCUGAGGGCAGCGGACCCGCCAACGAUACCAGCCCUACCAGUGCCACUGAUGGAGCACCUGAUUCUGAAGAUAAAACUCCACAAGCCUCUGUGACUCACCAUGCUGCCUCUAGUCGUGCCAACCAAUCACAGACUCUUGAAGUAACCGAAAAUGACGAUGAGCCAAUAGGAGACCGCUGGGAUGAGGAGGAGGACUGGGGAAGUUUGGAGGACCCAGAGAAAGCUCACACUGAGACAGAUGACUGGAGCACUGACUGGUCAGGAAUGGCAUCAUCCAAAAAGAAGGCCAGCGACAGAGGAGUGGGCCGGUCAUCGUCCACCACUGCGGUGAAAAAGCAGAGCUCUGACUGGAGCAGCUCGGGCUGGGACGCAGAUGACAGCUGGUCCAACGAGAAGGAAGGGCAGGGUCAGAGCUCUGCGGGCGAGGAAGGCUGGGGCAAUGACUGGGGGGAGGAGGACACGGACACAACCUUGACCAAUGCAACGUUCCCCCUGCCCGAAGGGGUGCGGUUAGCCAGCGAUUAUAACUGGGACAGCAGCAGUGCAGCCAAGGGGGCUAGCCAGAAUGAUCUGUUUGCCAGCGUGUCCCAGAGAAACACAGCCAGCGCUGCUGCUACCAUGGCUGGAGAUAGCUGGGGUGCAGAGGCAACAAGGGACUGGGGAGCUGAGGAGAGCUGGGAGUCAGUGGAUGGGAACCAGGGUCUCAGCAAGGCCGAGCUGUCAAAGAAGAAACGGGAGGAGAGGAGGAAAGAGCUGGAGGCGAAACGAGCAGAGCGCAAAGCUGCUAAAGGUCCUCUCAAACUGGGCGCACGCAAACUGGACUGACAGGGGAUGCAAAGUCAGAUGUGAGGUUGGGGAUGGAGAGGGAGGAACAUGGACCACAGUGACUGCACCCAGAGCAGUGGAUGGAGGCUUGACAUUCCACAAACAAAGGACCAGAAAGAAGUGUUAGCAGUGCAGAAAAAACUGUGAACAGUCGCUAUAAUAGAGGUGAUGGUUGUUGGUUGAGCAGAAGAAAGCGUUACUGUUGGUCUGAUGACUCUGCUUCUGACAGAUGGGUGAAAAAGCAACAAUCCAGUGCUUUUUUAACAAAUGCAUUAUUGUGGAUGGCAGAGCUGAAACAAGCGCAGAGACGGAAAAGCGGAAAAGAAAAUCCAGAGAGACAUGAAGCAGCACAGAGCCGCACUCCUUGCAGCAGUUGAUCACACAAAAUGUCCCCCUCUGUUUGUUUUUUUUUUUAAAUCAUAAAGUUGUAGUUGUAAAGUAAAUGUAUAUAAAUUGCAGAUUGCAUCUGUGUCUUAAAAUGACAUAAAGAAAUUACUUUUUUUUUUAAAUUGAGAAAUAUAUAUAACAGAAUUCAAACAUAUUAUACUGAAUGUUUUUCAGUACACACACAGUGGACAUGAGUGUUUUAGUUCAGCAGUCACAAACUUACAGAUUUAAGACUUAAAAUCAACCCAUGCAUGCACUUGUAUAUUUGUGUGGCCUAACAAAAGGUUUCAUGGCAAAGAACUACACAUGUUGUUUACUUUGCACAUUCAACACUGUAUUUUACUGAACUGGCCUCACAGGUGACACAUUUGACUGACAUCAGAUCUACAAAUGUGUAACAUGCACUACAGACACAUGAGCACAUGAUGGAAAUAAGGAGUCGAGGCUGGUGAACUGGUUUCAAGAGAGAAUCAAUGUAUGUGUUUACAUGCCUUUUCCUUUGUCCUCUGCGGGGUAGUGCAGUGGUGGAGGGGUUAUGAAAUCAAAGUAGUUUUAUUUUAAAAUCUUUUGAAGGUCCUUUCAUGCGUUUGUACCUGUAUAAUCCUGCAGAUCUCUCUAAAACCUUUUGGGAUCAUCUGAGCAGUCAGUUUUGACAGUAUUAGGUGUGGUCAGGGUAAAGGAGAUUCUAUGUUGAUUUUACUCUUUUUUUAAUUAUUAUUAUUUGUGCCUUUUUAUUUAAUUACAGAUCUGCUCUGUAGGAUCACAUCCAAGAACUCUUAAAUUUCAACAGAAAAUUUCCGAAAUGUCUCCCACCAGCAGAUUCUGUAUUUUCAUCAAACCUAUCGGUGUAACCCCACAUCCCCUGUCUGUGUUGGAUGUGGUAUUGUAAGGUUUGGUGUUACUUACCAUACACCAGCUGACACAAUCAACAGCCACCACCAUUGGAGCUAAUGUCCUGGUAUAUGGUGGUCAGGUCAGGUAAGGAACUGAGCGGUGUUGGAGGACUGACGAAGACUGGAUGCAACCUUUUACAGAGAAUCCAAAUCAUGUAGCAUGUGAGCUAUUCUGAAAAAAAAAUAAAAUAAACAUUUCUUCCUAAAAUUGAAA